UACAGAUAUUUCGAGAUCAUCCGGUUGGCACAGAGGCUAGUAUCGUUGCAAAUGAGAUCAGCUUGUAUAUGUGGAAUCAUUUUUCAUGGGCUGCUGAAAGUUUCAAGCAUGUAGCUCCUUGAUACCGUGAUGCUUUAGUCUCUCACAUCAAGAUAAGUAUUAAAUUUGGAUGUCUUACAUAUCAUUACAUGAUCCAUAUUAUUUUUGGUUAUAUAAAUAAAUUUUUUAUUAUAUGAAUAAUUUCAUGUAUUUGCUUUUUGGUAUGAUGACUGUGUAGGAUAAUAUUGACUUUAAGGAUUGCACCGAUGAAGAAGUGAUGGCAUGUAUUCUCAAAAUGGCUGCAAAUAGAUACAGAGAUCGGCGAUGUAGGAUUCAUAAAUACUGCAAUGAGCUGCAGGCGAAGAGGAUUGAUCAUGUGACCCAGCCAUACAGAAAUUGGGCUUGGUCUAGUGAUGAUUGAUGGUGGUUAUGUGAGUAUUUUGGAAGUGAGGCAUUUCAGCGACGAUCGGAGGCGAAUAAGGUGAAUAGGAGUAAGAUUGAUUCUAUUCACACGCAAGGAAGUGCCUCUUUUGCACAGGAAAUGAAGAGGAUGGGACUAUCCGGAGUCGACGCCUAUGCUAAAUUCUAUCAAAACAAGAGUGGCAAGUUCGUGACCGAGGAGGCGAGGCAACGUCAUGAAAAAAUAUUACAAUUGAGAGAGCAGGCGACGAGGAAGAUUGGAUCUGACGAUGAUACUGGAUCGCAGCAGAUUUGUUUGAUGACAGAUGAUACGAUUUUGGAUACCGUCCUCGGACGGCAGCUAGGAUCUGGUCAUAGCAUGCGGUCCAAAAAAUCACGCAGUUCGUCAUCCGACCGGUCUGAUGAUGCAUCAGUGCCAGAGUCAGUCAGGACAUCCAUGAGCAUAAUGCAAAAUCAGAUUAGUUACUGGAUGAAUCAUAGUCAGACGCUCGAGAGGAUAGUAGCUGCGAUGGCGGGAUGGCUCGGUAUUGAUGCUUCUGAGUUAGCACCUCUACAGUCACAUAAUGCCGCCUCUGCACCACCAUCGCGACACAUAUCGGGUCAGGGAUCGAUGCCUGGAGAAAGAAACGAGGCCAACGAGCCAGAUCAUACCUAGUUUGUAGUUUUUUUAAAUUUAAAAUGGUGUAUGGACUUAUA